CUAAUUGAAGCAUUUAAUCUAGCAAUAUAAUUUCAGGCGUGAGAAGGAACAUUUAUCAGGCGACAAGAACCACAACUUUGUGCUGCAGUGAUUGUUUAUGUUGUGUGGUGAGUGACGCGCGCAUCAAAACUUUCAUUUUUAAUGAUUUGAACUCCGAAGCCGCGACCGCCAACUCUUGAACUGCAGCGCCGACCACAUCCUGCAAGAUGACCAGCGCAGGCUCGAUUGCCGACGACACAAUCAUUAGAAUUUACCGCAACAUUGUCGGUAACUUGGACCUGAGCCCCAGGGUCAUGCGGUUCACGCUAGACAAGGAGUGUGACGACAAAAUAAGCGACGAGACCUACAGGGAACUGAUGGAACGGAGGCGUGGACGUGCCUACACUAACGGAGAGUGGAAAAAUCUAAUUGGAUUUUCAUCAAAAAAAUUAGAAACUUCAAAGAAUCCCGACACGUUAGAUGUUACACCGCUCUUUCUUCUCCUCACAAAACUUCUUGAUCUUCGCUACGAGGGCACCGCCAGAGAUCCUGCAGCGCUGCUCGCCAAGUUGCGCACCGUCAAGUACCUGCGCAACACAGUCAUGCACGACUUGCACAACGCCGCCGGUUCACAGAAAUUCACUGAGUUGACAGCAGCGCUGGUGGAGCUGGUGCGGGAAACGGGGAGGUUCUAUGCUCUUCCCCAGGCAGAUGUUGAUGCCGAGGUUCAAGAGCUUAACAACGAAAUUGCAAAAUUGAAAAUAAUGGACAGCCAGAGCAUUUAUUACUGGUGUACGAGGUUGGAAUUUAGCGGAAAACAAGCCGUAAGACUUCUCUGGCAGGACAAGUUUAAAUAUGAAAAACUUUCGUUGAAUGAGGAUGCGGUGCAACGUCAGGCCGUGUUCCAUGCCAUCGACGUGAAUGUGCGAGAAACCAGCGGAGGGAAAAUUGUUUCCUACACCAAAAUAUUUGAGGCUCGCGAGAAUGUUAUGGUGGUAACGGGCGUCGCCGGCGCCGGUAAGACAACCCUCGCCAAAAACAUUGUGCUGCAAUUCUUCAACACGCAACAAACAGCUCCUGAUUACUUGAGGUCAUUUAACCAACUCAUCUUCUUCGACUGCAGGGAUCGCACCACAACAACACUGAGUGACGUCAUCCUGCAGCACUACGAAGACCAGUGCAUUGAACAUGGGAAAGAAAAUGUCCUCAUGGCUCUCCUGCGCCUCGAUGUCUUAUUCAUCAUCGAUGGCUUCGAUGAAGGAAAAGAAAGUUCCAAAAGAGUCGUUAACGAGAUUAUCGAGAAAACGUGGCGCCCCAACUGUCGUGUCUUGAUCACGACUCAUUCUCAUGCCGUAAAGAGGGAACUGGCGCCGCUGCUGCGACGCAACGAUGUCAGUUAUGCUUAUUACGAGAUCUUGCCGCUCACGAAGCCUGAGGACCAACGUGCAUUCCUGAGGCGAUAUGAAGAGGCCUUGAGCGGCGACAGUCAGACUGGGGCGAUGACGGGAAGCUUCGAGUCGCUCAGUGAAGAUGUCAGAAGUUUGUUUACGGAGCCCAUCAACUUGGUUCAUUUCUGUGAGAUGCAUAAGCUCUUCCCUAAGGAAAUAUCCUCGUGGCGGACGCCCAGGGACGUGGCGCCAGUCAAGCUGCGCCUGUACAAGGAACUCAUACAAACCCAGCUUGCGGGUUCGUUUAAUGUGGAUGUGGAAGUCCUGAUUUAUAAUAUACUUAAUGUCGUCGGUGAGGCUGCGCUGGAGCAGCUUAGAGAAGACGUCUUGAUUUUGACGGAGGCAGACCAUUUCGUCAUCAAGGAGAAGAUUAAGAAGAUUAAGAAGGUCGAUCCUGCAGUAGUGCUCUCAGUGGUGCUGAAGGAGAACAAACCUCGGGGAUUGAACAGGAGUUCAAGCUAUGAGUUCAGGCACAAGAGUGAGCAGGAAAUGUUUGCUGGUAAUUAUAUCGUUCAGCGCAUCAUUUCAUCAAGAGUCGGAGAAGAGAGCGCCGAGGCCCUCAACAGCAUCCUGGGAGUCCCUAAGGAGGGAAUGAGUAGGUGA